AUCAUGGUGGAGGACAUAUAUAAGGAAAUUAAGCUCCAAAUUGCAGACAAACAAAAACAUUAUCUGAAAAAACAAAAAAACAAAACAUUGUGAUGUAGAAAAUACACUGGGCAGACCACAAGCUCUGUUGCAGACGACUAGAUCCAUAUAGGUCUUUGUUUUCCUCGUCCGAGCUGGUAUCUGGUUCAAAACUGUAUGGCUGGAUAAUCCAAACUGUGCUCGCCAUUUUGGCUGCACCAGUAAUGUUAGGUUGUCGUUGAAAGGGGCUGAAAGCCAGCAGGAAAGCAUGUAAACAGAGAUAUCUCGGCUAUCGAUGAUGGGAAUGGGGGAGGGGUUGCCAUGCACCAUCUGUUCAGCCUACAACUCAGAGGUGAAUUUCUAAUGAACUCCUGCUGCUCUGCAGAAACUAUGUUCUAUAUAAGACGACGCAGUGUUUGAUUUUGACUAAAAAUGACAAUCAUAAUUGAAAGAUCACUUGGAAUGCUUUUACAGAGAUGGCAGAAGUGGGUCUUUAAAUUGGUAACUUUAGUCCUGCAGGAUAACUGGUAUUCGUACUAAAAACACAUUUAUUUCGUGUUUUAAACUCAAAUGUCUGGUCAUUGUUUCCCACUUUUUUUUCUAGAAAAGGGAUCAAAAGAGGGCUAGGAUUUGUGUUUUUAGCCAUCUCUGACAGUAUCACGUUGGUUUUGCAGCGAGCCUGAAAAACAAAACAUCAUUACAGCAGGAUCAAAAUACUGUUGAGUGGAAACAAAUUUCUCCCAGAGUCCAAAUACCAUAAAUGCAUUUCUUGGUAUGCAGCCUCUGGGAAUCCUCUAAACCUGGCAGUGGCAGCACUGGAUUCAGCUGAAAUGUUUAGUGAAGCUAAGAAAGAGUAAGUGUUGCUUUGGUCUGGGAGAGGUGCUCCAUCAAAACUAUAAUUUGGCUCAGGAUGUCCUUUUGUGUCUGAAAUUCUUAGCAGCGUUUGAGACUUGUCGAUGUGCGUUAUCUCAGGGUCAGCUAGCACACCGUUAUUUUCCGACAGGAUUUCUCCGAUUUUAAACACUCUCCCAACAGGUGGGUUUCAGCGUCGAGCAGAAGACAGAGGCCCGCUGUGGGAUUUGCAGGCAGAUGUUAAAGGUGUCUGAUGGCUAUGGAGCACCUGGGGUGGAGUUCACAGGACUGCACAAAGACACCACCGCAGUCACACAGAUCCUCUUCUUGCCUGGUCGGGGCUGUCUCCUGUCAGUGCUGGAUGACAACACGAUUCACCGGUGGGAACUCGUUGCUGAGUCCACCAGAGAGGUGGGAGGGGUUAAGAAGGAGGGCGUGGUUUCCCUCCGUGAAGUGGACAGCUACUCUCUCCCAGGAAGACCUGGCAUUGAGAGCAGCAGCGCCACCCGGGUGACUGUCCUCCUCUUGCUAAAGUCAUGUGACCUGCUUUGCAUGGGAACAGAAGGUGGCGGCGUUUACGUCCUGGAGUUGCCCCGCCUCUCGUUAAAGGAGAACCAGACGCUGCUGCAGGAUCAUGUCACUCAAAGCCUGCCAGAUGAUUACAGAUGUGGGAAAUCCUUAGGGCCAGUCGAGUCUCUUCAGGAACACCCUCAGCAGGCAGGCAAGAUUCUGAUCGGCUACAGCCGCGGCUUGGUGGUCCUCUGGGACCUGAGUUCCCGUCACGCCGACCAGCUGUUCCUCGGAAAGCAGCAGCUGGAGAGCCUGGUCUGGGAGCGUUCUGGAAACUUAUUUGUCAGUUCCCACAACGAUGGGGGCUAUUCGGUGUGGGCCGUUACAAACGGAAACAUUUACAACCACCAGCCGGUGUCCUCUACUAUUCCCUACGGUCCUUUUCCCUGCAAAGCCAUCACAAAGAUCCUGUGGAGGACGACACAGUUGAGUUCCCCGGUGAUCUUAUAUAGUGGAGGAAUGCCACGAGCCAGCUAUGGAGACCGUCACUGUCUAACCAUCCAGCAGGACAAAGAGCAUGUCACUCUGGACUUCACAUCUCGAGUGAUCGAUUUCUUUACUGUCCACAACAUGGACAACGACAAAGAGUUUGACGACCCAUCGGCUCUCGUUGUGCUUCUGGAGGAGGAGCUGGUUGUGAUUGACCUGCUGACCCCCGGUUGGCCCUCGCUGCCCACUCCUUACCUCGCUCCCCUUCACUCGUCAGCUAUCACGUGCUCCUGUCACGUCACAAACGUCUCCACCAAGCUGUGGGAGCGGCUGAUCAACGCCGGCAAAGCACAACAGAGCCGGCGCCACACACACAGAAAAUGGCCAAUAUGUGGAGGGAAGAACCUGGCACCCCCACCCAGACAACAGGAGCUGCUGCUGACAGGGCACGAGGACGGCACUGUUCGUUUCUGGGACGCCUCAGGUGUUGCUCUGACUCCACUGUACAAACUCAGCACGGCCAACGUCUUCCACACAGACGGCGACCCGAUCGAUGAUCCCCACGACCCCUGCGAUGACCCAGAAAUGCAGCAGCAGCAGGAGGAGGAGGAGGAGGAGGAGUGGCCUCCCUUUAGGAAGGUGGGCUGUUUUGACCCCUACAGUGACGACCCCCGCCUCGGCAUUCAGAAGAUUAGUCUGUGCAAAUACAGCAACAAAUUGGUGGUGGCUGGAACAGCUGGACAGGUCAUUGUUCUGGGUCUGAAUGACGAGCGUUCGGACCACUUGGUGGACGUGUCGGUGAUGGACCUGCUGCAGGACCGGGAGGGCUUCACCUGGAAGGGUCACGACAGACUGGAACCCCGCCUUAAACCCGCCCCCUUCCUGCCAGGCUUUCAGCCACUGGUGCUGCUGCAGUGCCUGCCCCCUGCCUCUGUUACAGCGGUGGCGCUGCACACCGAGUGGAAUCUGGUCGCCUUUGGGACCAGCCAUGGGUUCGGGCUUUUCGACUACCACAGACGAAAUGCGGUUCUGGCCAGGUGCACCUUGCACCCAAACGACUCGUUGGCGAUGGAAGGCCCCCUGUCCAGGGUCAAGUCAUUAAAAAAGUCUCUGCGGCAGAGCUUCAGGCGCAUCCGCAAAAGCCGGGUGUCGGGGAAGAAACGCGCCGUGAUCACAACCACCAGCAAGGUCCAAGAGGCCAACGCCGCUUUGGCUGAGCAGGAGGAGGUCGCUCCGGUGCAACGAAGGAUUGAGCCGCGGUCGGCAGACGACUCUCUGUCCGGCGUGGUCAGAUGUUUUUGCUUUGCAGACACAUUUCUGCGUGACGGCACACACCACGGCCCCACACUUUGGGCGGGGACCAACUCGGGCAGCGUGUACGCUUAUGCCCUGGAGGUGCCCGGCGUGGAUUCGGGCCGCACGUGUGAGCGGGGCGGAGCCAGCGAGAGCAGCAUGUGCGUGGAGGCGGUGCUGGGUAAAGAGAUCCAGCUGAUGCACAGGGCUCCUGUGGUGUCCAUUUGUGUGCUGGAUGGGCGAGGAAAACCGCUGCCCGACCCGUACGAAGCGUCCCAGGACUUGUCCAUCGCACCUGACAUGACCAACGCUCACUCAGUUCUCAUCGCCUCAGAGGAGCAGCUCAAGGUGUUUUCUCUUCCUAAAGUGAGUGCGAAGACCAAGUUUAAGCUGACGGCUCAUGAAGGCUGUCGAGUGAGGAAGGUGGCUCUGGUGCUCUUCAGCUCUGCCGUUCAGGAGGAAUACAGCGAACACACGCUGGUCUGCCUCACCAACAUGGGAGACAUGCACCUCUUCAACAUGCCUGGCCUCCGACCUCAGGUGCGUUUUGACUGUAUUCGUAAAGAAGACAUCAGUGGCAUUGCGUCGUGUGUCUUCACCAAGAACGGACAGGGGUUCUACCUGAUCUCUCCUUCAGAGUAUGAAAGGUUCUCCUUGUCUGCAAAGGUUCUCAUCAAACCGCAGUGUUCUGUUCCGCUGCACAGACACCUGGGGCACAUGUUCACCUGUGACGGAACGCCGCCGCAGACGCAGGCCAAUGGAACCCACAAAAGCCUGAUGGGUCAGGCUGAAGGGAAAGCGGACGUCCCUCGGAGCACGCUGUCCUCCCCCCUCCUGGACACCCCACUGGACUCCCCCCUCAGCUGUGCUGACCUCACCUUAGACUCGACUGGAGAGCUGACGGUGGAGGACGUCAGGGACUUCCUCACCACGGUGGAGGAGGAGGAAAACAACCUGAGGAACAUGAAAGACGAAGAGGGACGCUCACCCGACAUCCUCAUCAACUGAGCGGGGUUUGGCUCUCGUGGUUUUGAUGGACUGGAUCUGAGUGCUGGACCACAAACAUCUCCCAUCAGUCCACCAGGAAGCCCACAGUCGUCACUCAGCCUGGAACGCUGGUGUGAAUUCUUCAGCUGUGUGAAGAACUUCCCUGGAAGCUCCUCCAGCACAGAGCAACAGGUUUCUGCAGCACUGGGACUGAUGCGCUGUUGGGCUUCAUCGUUUUUUUUUUUUUGUUGCACACUAGAGGAUGCGACCAGCUCUUCUUCACCACAUAAUCCCGUGAAUAACUUUUUUUCUUGAAAUGGGACAGAAAGGGAGCACUGUUACAUUGAAGAAAGCUAUAUGAAGUGUUUUGAAAGUGCGAGCACGGGAUGUUGGAGCAUCUGGACUCCUGCCUUCAAAAUGAGAAAUGCAAGUAUUUUGUAAAAGUCUGUUUGUUUUGUAUGGUCAUUUUCAGAGAGAAAUAUUUUAUUGAGAAUAAGAAGGAAAGGUUUUUUUUUUUUUAAUAAUUCCUUUACACACCAGCUCAUCUCAUGUAAACAAAAAGGCAUCAAUUGCCUACUGCUGGGAAAAUGGGGAUGAACCGGUACAGAACUAGUUUCUGCUGAUGGACUGAUAAUAAAGUUUGUUUUUAAAUCAUCUUCUGCAAAGUUGGUUAAAAGAAAUAGGAUUAAACUGCAGAUGUCUCCUCCAAUCUUCAGAGGAGACUCAGGAAAAAGUUUGAACAAUGUGGCUAAUGUUAGCUCAGCAGAUAGGAAUCAUAUUGAUUUAUUUUUAACACGAUUAACUGAGACAUGUUUGAUCAGAUUAGUGUCAUUAACCAUCAAUAAAGUUUAUUUACUCUGAUAA